AACGAUGUUAUGUUUCAUUAAAUGUAUUAAUGUGUAUGAUUGUGUUAAUGUUAAAAUAUUCUGUGUAAUGUUUGAUUAAAUAUGUGCUACAGUCUAUGAACGUAAUUUUUUUUUUUUGAGCGAAUGACUUUAUUCUUAUGUGCAAACCUUUUUAUUUUUUGUGUGAUCUGAAUGAGUAUAUGUGUGAUGAUCUGAAUGAGUGUUGAUGAAAUAGAAGAACGUAUUAUGAUGCUCAAUAUAUUAGAAUGUUUGUGAUUAUAUUAAUUCUUCCUGUCACUUUAUUCUUAUGUGCAAACCUUUUUAUUUUUUGUUUGUUAUUAAAUUACAACUUGAUGCUAUUAAACUUCAAUAUUGCAUUACAAUUUGAUAUGAAGUCCUAAUUUCGCAAUAUUCACUUGUAUAUAGUGAACUAUGUCGAACCUUACAAAACUUGAAUUUGCGGCCCUUGAUAUUACUGGAAAGAACUAUUUGUCUUGGGUGCUAGAUGCUGAAAUUCACCUAGAUGCAAAAGACCUUGGUGAUACAAUCAAAGAAGGAAAUAAAGCAACAAGUCAAAACAAAGCUAAGGCUAUGAUAUUUCUUCGCCACCACCUCCAUGAGGGUCUUAAGAUUGAGUACUUGACUGUGAAAGAUCCACAAGUCCUUUGGAGUAAUCUAAAGGAAAGGUAUGACCACCAGAAAACUGUAAUACUACCCAAAGCUCGUUAUGACUGGUUACAUUUAAGACUACAAGACUUUAAGUCUGUAAGUGAAUAUAACUCAGUUAUGUUCAGAAUUACUUCACAGUUGAAAUUAUGUGGAGAGAAAAUCACUGAUGCAGAAAUGCUAGAGAAAACAUACACUACCUUUCAUGCGAAUAAUGUUGUCCUGCAGACACAAUACCGUGAAAAGGAAUUUAAGAAAUAUUCUGAACUUAUAUCUUGUCUCCUUGUGGCUGAGCAAAAUAAUGAGCUACUGAUGAAAAAUCAUGAAUCACGUCCAACUGGUUCUGCUCCAUUCCCUGAAGCGAAUGCGACAUCCCAUAAUGGGAAAGAAAAUUAUCAGGCCAACAAUAGUGGUCGUGGACGUGGACGUGGAUAUGGACAUGGUCGAGGUCGUGGACGUGGAUACGGAUAA